AUGUACUGUCUGUGUCAUGGUUUGAACUUAACUAUGAAAAAUGGUCUUCAAUUAUGGAAAACAGAAGAUAGCAAAGAAAACAAGUCGAAUAUUGACGGAAAUAAAGAGAAUAUAAAUGACAUAUUGAAUAAAGAUGACCGAUUAGAUGAGGAUGUUGAAGAGGAUGAAGAAGAUGGAAGAUCAGCAUUUGCUGAUAGUACCGAUGAUGAUGAAAUGAAUUCCAAUAUAGAAGAAGAUGAUUUCGAUGAAGAAGAUGGUAAUGAAGCACCUCGUGAUGAUUUGGAUAUCAUUUCGUCCGACGACGAAAUGAACAACGAUAUGAUGCGAGCAUCAAAUAACUCUUUUAAUACUGAAAGUAUCAGUAAUGUUCUUUAUAACUGUCGAAAAAUCGUCAACAUCAUCACCAAGUCUAGUAUUCUUUAUGACAUUAUUCAGAAACUUGCUCGUCCUGAAAUCAAGUACCAUUUAUCUAUUGACAUGCGUAUUAGAUGGAACAGUACGUGUACAAUGGUCUUCAAAUUCGUCGCCUAUCAAGAAAUUUUAAAUGAAUUAAUGAAUCAGUUGCCCUCGAUUCAAGGUGUACGUACAGAACAAAAAAAUCUGUUGCUCAAGUUACAGCUAUCAAAUGCACAAUAG